AUGGGGGAAAAAUAUAUUUUAUCGCUUGACAUAGGAACCUCUACAAUAAGAUCCGUUAUAUAUAAUACUCGAACUGAAAUUGUGGGAAAAGCUGUGGAUCAAGUAACACUCCAUUAUCCAAGUCCAGGAUUUGUUGAAAUCGAUCCUGAUGAGUUGUGGAAAUCUGUUGUUGGUGUUGUGAACAAAUCACUACAAAAUGCAAAUUUAUCCGCCAAUCAGAUAACAGCAAUGGGUAUAUCAACCCAAAGAAGUACAUUUAUUACUUGGUCCCAGGACACAGGGAAACCAUUUCAUAGAUUCAUUACAUGGAAGGAUUUGAGGGCUGAUGAAUUAGUUAAACAAUGGAAUGAUUCUUAUACUUGGAAGUUUAUAAAAGUUAGUGCCUAUGUUCUGUUCAUGAUAUCAAGGAGCAAGAGAUUCAGAGCCGGUAGUGUUUUCAAAUUCUCAAAUAACCAGACUACAUUAAGAUUGUACUGGGCCCUCCUUAACGUGCCGGCUCUGAAAUCCGCUAUUGAAAAUAAUGACGCCAUGUUUGGUACAUUGGACACGUGGUUGUUGUAUAAAAUGACAGGUAACAAGGUCCACAUGACGGAUGUCUCAUCAGCGUCAGCGACGGGUUUCUUCGACCCCUACACCAUGCAGUGGGCUGGGUGGGCGAUGGCAAUAUUUGGUAUACCCAUGGAAGCAUUGCCAGAGGUCGUUGACACGGCCGGGGAACACUUCACCAGCACUGCACCCGAUAUAUGGGGGCAUGCGAUACCCAUAAGAAGCUGUAUAGCUGAUCAAACGGCGUCAAUGUGGGGUUCGUGUUGCUUCAAUCCCGGUGACGUGAAAUUAACAAUGGGUACUGGAACGUUCUUGAACAUACACACGGGAGCAUCACCUCACACGUCCCUCACCGGCUUAUACCCUGUGGUAGGAUGGAGAAUGGGUGAAGAAUUAGUGUACUCCGCUGAAGGAGCUAAUAAUGAUACAGCUAGUAUCAUAAAGUGGGCACAGAAUUUGGGUCUUUUUGACAAUCCUCAAGAGACAGCUGACAUCGCGAUGUCUGUACCAGAUUCUGACGGAGUGUUCUUCAUACCGGCGUUUAGUGGCUUGGGUCCUCCCUACAACGACUGUACCGCGGCGUCAGGGUUCGUGGGUAUGAAGGCGUCUACAACCAGAGCUCACCUCGUCCGGGCUGUGUUAGAGUCGCUCGCGUUCAGAACCUCGCAGUUAUACACCUGCAUCAGAACAGAGACCAACUACCAGUUUGAUACAGUCAGAUUGGACGGCGGUGUCUCCAACAAUGACUUCUUAUCCCAGCUAGUGGCUGAUCUGACUGGGCUAACAGUGGAGCGACCUGUACAGGUUGAAAUGUCUUCAUUAGGAUGCGCACACAUUGUAGGAUUACAGCUAGGUAUCUUCACAUCCAAGGAACAGCUAAAGUCACUUCGGAAGGUUGACAAACUGUUCACUCCUAGGGCUCAUGUGAAAAAAGCCUAUGAACCGAUCAUAGAAAAAUGGGAAGAUGCUGUCAAAAGGAUGUGCGGUUGGUACAACGAUAACAGAACUACUCAGAGCAAUACGCAGAACAAUUUGAAGGUUAAACUAAAAAAACAGGGGAAAUCUAAAUAG